AUGGAGAAUUGUGGCAUCACUAAAAAGCAGAUUCACGAUCUUCGUCUAUUUGUUGAAUUUCUCAAGCAGAAUCCCCAACAAUUACAAAAUCCCGAGUUAGAUUUUUUGAAAGCAUAUAUUGAGUCCUUUGGUGGUGUUGUCCCAAAAUCCGAAGACAUUCCCAAGCCAACCAAAAUGGAAGAAGAAGAAGUAAAACACGAAGAACCACCAAAAGAAGAACCCAAACAUGAAGAAAUUAAAAUUGAAGAUCCUGAUCUUGUUGAGCCCGAUGUUUUAACUCCAGAGACACUUCCUUUAGACAAAGAAGUCACUGAAGACCAAGAAGUCUUUGCCAUGACCAAACGGGGUGAAGCAAAUGAAGCUUCCAACACGGGGGAUCUUGAGAAAGCCGUUUCUUUAAUCACCGAAGCCAUUCUAGCCAACCCCCAUGUCGCAAACUUCUUUGCCAUUCGUGCCCAAUACUAUAAUAAGCUCAGAAAGCCCAACGCGGCAAUACGAGAUUGCACCACCGCCAUCAAGUUAAAUCCAGACAAUGCAAAGGCUUAUAAGAUGCGUGGACAAGCUUAUCGACUCAUCGGAGAGUAUGAAAAAUCAGUUCAAGACCUUCACCUCGGCAAUCGUCUUGACUUCGAUGAGAACACUUAUGAGUUACAGAAGACCGUCGAGAAGUUCGUCGCUCUCAAAGAAAAAGCAACUCAUUCACAAAAGCCCGCUCCCAAACAAGAGAAGAAGCCGGACGAGAAGCCACAAAGACCAGCUGGUUGUGAUGGAAAAGGUGGAUGUGGUUGUGGUCAUACCUGUGGUGGAUGCAAAGCUGGUGGAUGUGGAUGUAACAAUACCAACAGUUAUACUCAACCAAACUUCCAAUGGACUCCAAAGGCAGACGCAACCUCUAACGCCGCUCCAAACAUGGGAGGAAUGCCUGGAAUGGAUGCUAAUUCAAUGUUCGCAGAUCUCGCCAAAGAUCCAGAGUUAAUGCAAGCCCUCCAAGACCCAGACGUCUUACAAAAAGUCCAAGCCGCCAUGGCAAACCCCGCAAUGAUGAUGUCUUUAAUGUCCGACCCCAAAGUCGGCCCGGUGAUGACAAAGUUGAUGCAGAAAUUCGGCCAGAAAUAA